AGGCAUUAAUCACGCAGGCCAGAGCCUAUCGCGCGAUGGAUGCGAACUUCGGAUCGCAGUGCAGGAGCGCUCGGCCGCGGCGCGGGGAUUGGCCGCGGCCGUCAUGCCGAGGCGCCCAGUUGCGCCGCAUGGAAAACAGCAGCAGCGCUGCUUUCCGCAGCCCAGCAAACGGGCGCCCAGCGGGACAUCGUGAGCCUCAACCGCGCCUUGAACGUGAGCCCCUGGAGGUCUGCCACGGCACUUUGCUCCGCCGAAAAACUCCGCGGCCUGCGGUGGUCGGCUGUGACCUUCUGCACCCUGGGCCGCCUCCUCGCUCCGGCCGGAGCCGGAGCCGGCGCCUGGGCGCGUGCGCUGGCGCUGAUCCACCAGAUCCGCCAGCGGAACGUGGAGCAUUCCGUGGUUGCUGAGGGCACCGCCGCCGGAGCCUUCCAAACCUGGAGCAAAGCUCAGCAGGUCUUGGAGGAAUGCACCCAGAAGGACCUGCAGCGGAGCAGCGUGCUGUGUGGCAUUGCCAUCAGCGCCUGUGAAUGGAAACGAGCCCUGGCCUUGCAAGGACUCGCGGGGCAGAGCGCCACCUCCAACCGCGCCACCAGCAAUGCGGCCCUCAGCGCGGCCGCGGCGGGGCGGCGCUGGCGCGCGGGCCUCGCGCUGGCGGGCGACGGCCUGGUGAACUGCGGCGCGCGGCUCGGCGCCUGCCAGGGCCAGUGGCGCAAGGCGCUGGCGCUGCAUGACACGCUGCGGCCCAGCGGCUGGCAGCCCAGCGCGGUGACCUACGGGCUCCUGGUGGGCGCUGUGGAGUGGGCCGCGGCCGCGCAGCUGCUCCGCGAGGCUGUUCAGGCGGGCGCGCAGAGCCUGCCGCUGCUGAGCGCUGCGGUGAGCGCUUGCGAGAAAGCCCGGGAGUGGCGCACGGCGCUGUCGAUGUGCCAGGCGGCGCAAGCAGACGUUGUGAUGUAUGGAGCGUGCAUCAGCGCCUGUGAGAAGGGCAAGCAGUGGCAAAGGGCGGUGCAGCUCCUGUCCGCAGCCUGGGGCCGCGUCGCCAUGUCCUCCGUGGCCUACGGGGCCGCCAUCAGCGCCUGCGAGGCCUGCGAGGAGUGGAACUACGCCCUGCUGCUGCUGGCUGAUCUGUUCGCGCGGGCGCUGCGGGCGAACGUGGUGACCUACAACGCGGCUCUGCAAGCGUGCCAAAAGGGCCAGCGCUGGCAAAAGUGUCUGCACUUGCUCGCCGAGAUGUGCGGCAGGCGCCAGGAGCCAAAUGCCAUCAGCUACAACGCCGUGCUCAGUGCCUGCGGGGCGUUUGCCUGGCGCCACACGCUUCGAAUCUUCUUCCAGCUGGAUGCUGAACGGGUGGCGCUCGACUCGGUGGCGCUUGGCGCCGCGUUGGCUGCCGCGCCGCGGAAGACUUCGGCCCUGCUGCGCCGCUUGGAAGACCUGGGAGUGGCGCGCCUUGCGCGGAAAGCGGCGCCGAGUCACCAGUCGGCCCAAGGCUCUCCGGAUCAGCGCCCCUAUACCCGGGCCAUCUCCGCGGCCGGGCGGGCGUCGCGAUGGGACGCGGCCCUGGCACUGCUGCGAGGCUUGACUCUGGACUCUGUGGAAGCCAAUUCCAUCACCUACAACGCCGCCAUCAACGCUUGCCAGCGAGGCCAAGAAUGGCAGCUGGCGCUGCUACUUCUGGCCGCUUGGGCGCCAGACAUCAUCGCGCUCAACGCCUGCGCGAGCGCCGCUGGAAGCGGAGGCGGAAGCGAAGGCUGGCAGAUGGCACUGCUCUUGCUCUCACAGGUGUCCCAGCGCCAGCUGGAGGCAGACUGCAUCACCUUCAACGCCUGCAUCACCUCGUGCCAGAAGAGCAGCCACUGGCAGAAGGCGCUGGACCUCUUUGAGGAGCUACGGCAGCGGCUUCUUAGGGCCAGCGUGGUGUCCUACGGCGCGGCCAUGUGCUGCUGGGACGCAGGGCAGCACUGGGCGCGGGCGCUGCAGCUUUUGCCCGAGGCCGCCAGCCACGGCCUGCAGGGCAACGUGGUGACCUGUGGCGCGGCCAUCAGCGCGGUACGUCUCUGGCAGCAGGCCCUGGCGCUGCUGGACACGAGCUCGCAGACCAGCGCCGUGGCCUUCGGCGCGGCGCUCAGCGCCUGCGAGAAGGGCCACGCCUGGCGCUGGGCCGCGCAGGGCCUCGCCCAGCUGCUGCUGCAGACCCUGCGGCCGGACGUGGUGGCCUUUAAUCCGCUGCUGGGCGCCCUGGGCGCUCGAGGCCGCUGGGAGGCGGCGCUGCAGCUUGCGACGCGCAUGGCGUCCGCGAGGCUGCGGAGCUCUGUGGUGACGCUGGGCACCGUGAUGGCGGCCAUGGACCUGGGGAGCCGCUGGGCUGUGAGCUUCGGCCUACUCGCCGCGGCGCCACACCAAGCGCUCCAGCCCAACGUGGUGGCCUUCGGCUCGGCGGCCAGCGCCUGCCAGAGCUCGGAGCUGUGGGAGUGGCGCGGCGCGGCGCAGCUGCUGGCCUGUGUGCAGCGAGCCAGCCUGCAGUCCACCCCGGUGCUGCGGAGCGCCGCCUGCAGCGCCUGCGUCAGCGCCUCCGCCUGGCGCGCGGCGAUCCACACGGACCGAAGGAGCGACGGACACGAGGAGUUGGACGUGGUGGGGACGGGGGGAGCCAUCAGCGCCUGCGAGAAAGGCGGCUGUUGGCCUCGCGCCCUCCAGCUGCUGUCCACCCUCGCCUCCGCGCCGGCGGCCGCUCGAGGCUCUGCGGCCACCGCGUGCGCCAAGGCGGCGCGGUGGUCCGAGGCCUUUCUCAUUUUCGCCGUGGGCGGCGAGCUGGAGGCCGACGCCGUGGCGGCGGAGCAACUCGCCGCCGCGGCGGAGGGCGGCGGGCGCCGCGCGCUGGGGCCGCUGCUGGCGUGGCUGGAGGGGGCGCAAGUUAUUUACAAGAUCAUCAUCAUAUUUUCUGAGUCAAGCCGCAGCGUCGCAUUGGCCGCAACAUUGUCCAAGGAUAGCUAG